AUGGCUAGCUCAGACAAGAAAACUAAAGGAAAGCAAAAAAUUGAGAUUAAGAUCAUUAAAAAUGCAGAUGAUAGGCUCAUCACAUUUUCAAAACGACGCACAGGAAUUUAUAAGAAAAUCUCUGAGCUCUCCAUUCUAUGUGGUGGGGAGAUUCUGUUUAUUAUUUUCUCACCGGCUGGAAAACCUUAUUCGUUUGGUCAUCCUUCUGUUGAAUCUGUGCCUAAACGCUUUUCAAACGCAGGCCAACAUCUUGAGGAAACCACUGAUGCUCCUGUUGAGACAUACCGUAAGGAAAGAAUCAACUUGCUUGUACAAGAUUUCAAUGAUGUCCAAGACCAACUAGAUGUAAUAAAAGAAAAACAAAAGGAGAUUGCUUUGGCCCAACGGUCACAUGGAACAGAAAUUCGUCAUUGGUGGGAAGCUCCCAUUGAUCAGUUUAACCUGAAGGAGCUCUACAAACAAGACGAACGCUUCGCAGAGUUUAACAAAUUGAUCUCUAUCACAAGGAACAAGAAGAUUGCAACUAUUUCUUCAAUGCAGGGUCCGAUGGAUGAGGAUGUCCCUUCUUCCUUUCCCCCUAUUUAUGGCCCUAAUCUGCAAUAG